CAAUGUAAUCGAGUUCAAGUUGCGGUUGGAGUUUCGCGAACAUAUCGUCCCAGAGGAUUCAAUUUGGCUAGAGUUUUGUGUAUUUAGAAUGUUAUUGAAGUUGUAGCAGGCUAGAGUUUUGAUCAGUUUGUAGGAAUUGGCUGGCAGCAAGCGGAGGGCGGUUCUGAAGCUGGCUGUAGUGGCUCGGACAACCAGCAAUCUGUUGGUAAUUCUUUUACUGGUAACAGUCCGACCUUAUAUGGUAGUUUGAGGGUAUUGAUGGAGGCAAUGGGUGGUGUUUCGGUUGAUGAGAAGGAAGAUGAUAGCUUUAGGUGGAUGUUCACGAAUAAUGGAGUUUUUUCCGUUAAGUCUUGUUACGAUCUCUUUAAGUCUUCGCUCUCCGGUCCUCCUUUGGAUAGUAAAAAGGUUUUGGCUCUUUCUUUCCUUUGGAAUUGCAAAGUCCCUUCAAAGAUUUUAGUGUUUGGAUGGAGAUUUAUUCAUAAUCGUUUAGCAACAAAAGAUCAAUUGGUGCGUAGGGGAGUUUUGGUGGAAGGUUCGGAAUCUUUAUGUUCUAUGUGUAAGGAGAAGGAGGAAGAUAUUCUUCACCUCUUCUUCAAGUGUGAUUCAUCUUGUAGCAUUUGGAGAAGAGUUUAUAUGUGGUUAGAUUUAGCUAACUACUUAUCUUUUGAGGAUUUUGAGGAUUUCUUCAUCAAUUAUGAUAAGUUACCGGUUAAUAAAAGAAUGAUGGUGGCCAUCAUUUGGCUAGCAACGGCUUGGUCUAUUUGGUCAAAGCGCAAUGCGGUGAUCUUUAGAAAAGAGUCUUUUAACUUUACGGAAUGUAUGUCGGAGAUUAUCCACAACUCUUGGAGGUGGUUUUCUUCUUUUCAAAAGAAGAAGAAUGUUUGUAACUUUUAUCUUUGGAAUAUUCGACCUCUCGAUUGUAGUGAGAGUUAGGAGUUUUCCUCUUUGUAUUGGGGUGGAGCAUCCCUUUUGCUCCCAUUAAUACAUAUUGCUUAUUUAAAAAAAAUAUUCUAUUGGUUAUUUUUUUAUACUUAAUAAUGAAUUGAUCAGCAAUAACUAACUU